GUGUCACUUGAGGAUGUCACUGUGAAGUUCACCUGGGAGGAGUGGCAAAAUUUCAACAAUGCUCAGAAGAUGCUAUACAGGAAUGUGAUGCUGGAGACAUAUAGUAGCCUGCUGUCACUGGGGCAAUGCAUCCCUAAACCUGAGUUGAUCUUCAAAUUGGAAGAGGGAGAGGAGCCAUGGACAGCAGAAGAACCUGCAAACAAGACUCUGCCAGGAGAUGGUGUCUCUUGAGGAUGUCACUGUGAAGUUCACCUGUGAAGAGUGGCAAAAUCUCAAUAAUGCUCUGAAGAUGCUAUACAGGAAUGUGAUGUUGGAGACAUAUAGUAGCCUGCUGUCACUGGGGCAAUACAUCCCUAAACCUGAGUUGAUCUUCAAAUUGGAAGAGGGAGAGGAGCCAUGGACAGCAGAAGAACCUGCAAACAAGACUCUGCCAGUCUUCUGCGGUGUUGAUGCCAUAAUUGAGACUAACCAGAAGAAUCAAGAGAGACAUUUGUGGCACGUUACCUCCAAUGGCCACAAUAAAGCAAAUGAGGAAGCAGAGGGAUUAGAAAACACUUUUUAUUUAUACUCCAUGAAUAUUUCAAGUUCUGUUGCCUGCAGUCAUCUCAAGUUCCACUUGAGCUGUAUCCUGGUUUCCAAGAUUAUUCCCAUGGCUCCUUCUACAGCCCAACCUGCAAAAGGCAUUUGGUUCCCUUCAGGCCAAAUGAUAACAGAAGAGGAAGAAAGAAUGCACAAAUAGAGG